AUGCAGAGAGCUGGAGGCGGAAGCGCCCCCGGGGGCAGCGGCGGGGGCAGUGGUGGGGGCCCGGGCACUGCCUUCUCCAUUGACUCCCUGAUCGGGCCACCGCCGCCACGCUCUGGCCACUUGCUCUACACCGGCUACCCCAUGUUCAUGCCCUACCGGCCCCUCGUGCUGCCGCAGGCGCUGGCCCCUGCGCCGCUCCCCACCGGCCUCCCACCCCUCGCCCCGCUAGCCUCCUUUGCCGGCCGCCUUACCAACACCUUCUGCGCCGGGCUGGGGCAGGCUGUGCCCUCGAUGGUGGCGCUGACCACCGCGCUGCCCAGCUUUGCAGAGCCGCCGGACGCCUUCUACGGGCCCCCAGAUCUCGCUGCUGCUGCUGCCGCCGCCGCCCGAAACAACCCUGAGCCCGGCGGCCGACGCCCAGAGGGUGGACUGGAAGCCGAAGAACUGCUGCCGGCCCGGGAGAAAGUGGCAGAGCCCCCACCGCCCCUGCCUCCGCACUUCUCAGAGACUUUCCCAAGUCUGCCGGCAGAGGGGAAGGUGUACAGCUCAGAUGAGGAGAAGCUGGAGGCACCAGCAAGAGACCCAGCAGGCAGCGAACAGGAGGAAGAGGGCUCGGGCGGUGACAGUGAGGACGACGGUUUCCUGGACAGUUCUGCAGGGGGCCCGGGGGUUCUCCUGGCACCUAAACCGAAGCUAAAGGGAAGCCUGGGGACUGGAGCCGAGGAGGCAGCCCCAGUGACAUCAGGAGUCACGGCUCCUGGGGGCAAAAGCCGGAGGCGCCGCACAGCAUUUACCAGUGAGCAGCUUUUGGAAUUGGAGAAGGAGUUUCAUUGCAAGAAAUACCUGAGCUUGACAGAGCGUUCCCAGAUCGCCCAUGCCCUCAAGCUCAGUGAGGUGCAGGUCAAGAUCUGGUUUCAGAAUCGGAGAGCCAAGUGGAAGCGCAUCAAAGCUGGCAAUGUCAGCAGCCGUUCUGGAGAGCCCGUAAGAAACCCCAAGAUUGUUGUGCCCAUACCUGUGCAUGUCAACAGGUUCGCUGUGCGGAGCCAGCACCAACAAAUGGAACAGGGAGCCCGGCCCUGAAUGGG